AUGGCAGAGAAAAUCCCUCAGCUCAAGAAUUUCCUGACUUGCAGCGUGUGCACUGAGAUCUUCAGGGACCCGGUGUCUCUAGGCUGUCACCACAGCUUCUGUUACAGAUGUCUCCAGGACUUCUGGGCCCAAGCUAAGAACAAGAACUGUCCCGUCUGCAAGAGGAAAUCCUCAAAUGAUGCAGUCGUUAACUUUUCCAUCAAGGAGCUCGCUGACUCCUACUCUGGAAGACAGAGGUCUGACCCCUCUGAUGAGGCCCAGGUGGACAAAAGGGGGAGACACCACGAGCUGAAGCAGCAGCUGAGACCUGACCUCACGGCUCUACAGGCCAGGAGGAGGAGACACCAGGAGCUGGAGGAGGCGUAUGAGGCCAUGGUUCCUCACCUCAAGGUACAGCGGGUGAAGACCGAGAGGCGGAUCAGAGCAGAGUUUGAACAGCUUCACCGGUUCCUGAGAGAGGAAGAGGAGGCCAGAGUGGCGGCCCUGAGAGAGGAAGAGGAGCAGAAGAGGAAGAGGAUCCUCCUGGAGAGGAAGACCCUUCAGGAGCAGAUCCGGUCUCUCUCAGAGGGUCUCUCGGCUGUAGAAGCAGACCUGCAGAAGGACGGCCUGUCGUUCCUCAGCGCUUCCACGCGCUCCCGGACCAGCGCCAGAGCCCUGCUCUCCGGUUCUGAUCCCCAGCUGCUUCCUGGAGCGCUGCUGGACGAGGCCAAACACCUGGGAAACCUGGCCCACAGAGUCUGGGAGAAGAUGGGGCGGAGGACCACCUUCAGCCCCGUUACUCUGGACCCAAACACUGCAUCACGCCGGCUCUCUCUGUCUGAUGAUCUGACCAGUGUGGGACGUAGAGAUGUUAUCCAGAAGGUUCCUAACAACCCAGAGAGGUUCACUAUGUACCGUGAGGUUCUGGGCUCUGAGGGCUUCAGCUCAGGGGAACACUGCUGGGAGGUGGAGGUGGGAGACCUUCCUAUCUGGAGAAUAGGUGUUGCUAAAGAGUCAGUGGAGAGGAAUGGAAAGCGUACUGCUUCACCAGAUAAUGGAAUCUGGUGUUUACUCCACCGCAGUGGAGAGUACACUCAGGGUACUGGUAAAACCCUGACAUUGAAGCGGACUCCAGAGAGGAUCAGAGUCCAGCUGGACUAUGAUGGAGGGGAGGUGUCCUUCUACGACCCUGAAGACAUGACUCUCAUCUACACCCAUCAACACACUUUCACUGACAACAUCUUCCCUUAUUUUGGUGUUGGAGCAGCAGGUGAAGCCCGGACCAAAGAUGUUAGAGUGUGUGGUGUCUCCUCACGCACUCAGCUCUAG